CUCUGACCGUGAAGUUUCUAACCAAGAGGUUUAUAAGCGAAUAUGAUCCGAACUUGGAGGACACCUACGCCUCAGAGGAGCUGGUGGACCAGCAACCUGUGCUGCUGAAGGUGAUGGACACCGCCGACCAGGAUGGGCCCGGGAACUGCGAGCGCUACCUGCGCUGGGCCAGUGCCUUCCUCGUCGUCUACAGCAUCAAUGAUAGGAAGAGCUUCGAGGGCUGCCAGUGCUACCUGGAGGUCCUCGCCCUGCAUGCGAGGGGCUGCCAGCGUCGCUGCCCCGUGCUCCUGCUGGGCAAUAAGCUGGACAUGGAGCAGUACAGGCAGGUGCCCGCAGCCGAAGGGAUGUCCCUGGCGAGCAGAUUCGGGUGCCUCUUCUACGAGGUGUCGGCAUGCCAGGACUUCGCGGGGGUGCAACACGUCUUCCACGAAGCCGUGCGAGAGGUACGGCGCCAGGCAGAGCGGAGCCUGCCUGUCCGGCCGCUCUUCAUCACCGAGGAGCGUCCCUGCCCGCCGGUGGCCACGCCGGUCACCCUGCCCACCCGCCACGGCUUGGCCAGCUGCACCUUCAACACCCUCUCCACCGUCAACUACAAGGAGAUCCCCUCGGUGGCCCAGGCCAAGCUGGUCACUGUCAAGUCCUCGCGGGCUCAGAGCAAGAGGAAAGCUCCCACGCUCACCUUGCUGAAAGGUUUCAAGAUAUUUUAG